GAUUAGAACAGUCGUCUUCGACUAUCGCACCCACCCCUCCGACUAUACGACCUACUCGCCAAUGUGCGAGUAACGAAAUACAAAAACCUAUUUUUCUCUUUCUUUCACAAUGUCGACGACAGACCAUGAACCGCUGGUGCGUGUCACAUACCUGGCGGGGUACAUAGUCCUCUCUUUUGUGAUUAGUGCAAUGGGUUGCGCAACCACAUUGGAGCUUCUUCACCGGCGGACAUCGAGGUCUGGUCUAUACAACUGGUACCUUCUCCUAACCUCAUCGAUCACAAUGGGCGGCAUAGGAAUUUGGUGUAUGCACUUCAUCGGCAAUCGUGCCAUCGUCCUGGGCGAAGGUGAGGAAGAUGUGCAAGCCAUGUAUAAUGUCGCCUUCACGGGUACCUCCUUCGUACUCCCCGUGGUAGUACUGCUAUUUGCCUUCUACGCUGUGGGUGUCGAGGAGAAGGCAGGCUAUAUUCGCAUCCUCAUCGGAGGCUUGCUCACUGGUAGCUCUGUCUGCGGUAUGCACUACAUCGGUCAACUCGGAAUCUCGAACUAUAGGUGCUCCUAUCAUGUCGCCAACGUCGUGGGCUCGGCGGUCAUUGCUAUUUUCUCCAGUACUGCUGCCCUAGGCAUCUUCUUCCGCUGGAGAGCUUCUUGGACUGAUAGCUGGUGGAGACGAGGAAUCUGUGCUUGCUUAUUGGCGGGUGCUGUCUCGGGUAUGCAUUGGACUGCGGCUGUUGGAACAAUCUAUCGGGAUCACCGCAUGAUCAUGAAGGGAACUCAGUUGUCGAGGAGUCAAGUUGUUAUUGUCUGCACUGUUCUGGCCUGUGUUGCAUGUGUGGUGUUGUCGAUGUGCGCUAUUAUUGCUGGGCGAAAUCGCAGAAAGUCGACGACACGUGCCCAUCAGCUUGUUCUCGCCUGUGCCUAUUUUGAUCCCACUGGACGAAUCAUGGUUACGACGCAGGCUAUGCUUCCUACGAGGAAGAUUGUUGAUCAUUAUAUCGGACGGACAUUCAAAGAUGACGACCUCACGCGCACUCACCCUACGUUCCUUUGGGCGUUUAGGGCAACUCGGAACUGGCCCGUCGUGAAAGAUUUGGUUCCCUUUAUGCGAAACCGCCUUAAUUCCGAAGAAAGCGCCAUCGAGAAACACAUGCUAUCCCGAGGAGUGUUUAUGGACAAGGAUACGGAGUUGCAAACUGACUUUGAUACCUUGUUCAAGCAACUCUUCUGUGUCACAGCCCAAGAGCUCUCAGAUCAACUUAAUCUGCCUCUCCAGGACCUAGGUACACUCUAUGACGAUGUUAUCUCUACUGCUAUCCCCAUCUCCCGACUUUCUUGGGCCAUGGGCCGCUCGUCCCUCCGAACUGGCAAGGGCCAAAUGAUGUUCACUGUUCGCCAGCUACAGAAACAUGAAGCAGCACGCCUGGGAUCACAGGGAUUCCGGUUCGCAACCAUCGAGCAUGUCACAGGAAUGCUUUCCCGACGCAUCCACGUUCCCGAAGCAAACCUAGCCGAUUCCCUCCGCGAUAUGCGCGAUUACGCAAGCUCAAAUCGUGGCUUCGACGAGGGAGUACACCUCGUCUCCUUCAUGAUGCGCCCAACAAUCCACGAUCACUUCGAGAUCCUCACCGCAAAGGGCGUCGGCAACCCCCUCCCAUCUGCAACCCUUCCAAUGAAACAACUCCACGUCCACCACCUAGAACUCAUCUCCCGCAUGGAAGGCUGGUCCAUGGACAUAUGUCUGCGAUACCUCCAAUCAGCUGGUGCAGCACAAGCCUUCCCCAACCUAUCUGACUUCCGCGCCCACCUCAUCAAAGCAAUCAUCUCCCUCUCAAAAACUAUCCCGGAAGACAUGCGCGCAGCAGCGCAACUGUCCUCCCGCCCAUUAACAGCCCCCUGCCGCAGCAGCCCCUCCAACCCCGAAACAGCCAUACAAAACACCUGCACCCUCCUAGCCUUCUGCGUCGUCGGCACACUCGAUACUCAAGUCUCCAACCCUGACUACACCUUCACACCCUUCCGUCUCUUCCGCGUCCAGCAACAAGUAAACGAAGCCCUCACCGACCGUGAUGACUUCGCUCGCGAACUGGGCCAAGAACUCUUCUGCACAGACGUGCGCUCGGGCUCGACCUCUAGUGAGACCGAUCUCGCCUCAACGGCUAAAAUGGCCAUUCUGCGUCUGUGGUCGUCGCGCAAGAGCUCGCCGACUUUGAACUCGGGCGCCGGCUCACAACACUCCCAGGAGUCGAUUGUGGAUCAUACUGCGACUGCGUUGCGGGAUAUCACCGUUCGCAAGGAGGUUCGCGUUGAUUUCACACACAUUCAUGAGCAGUCAAACCAGAAUAAUCUUACCCGGGACUCGAGGGUGGUUAUUGCCGGCGGUGGUGAGACUACGCCUGCAACUUAUGUCGAUGAGUUGUAUAGUCUUUGCUAUGCACCGGGUAUACGGUUGAGGCCUGAUGCGUCGUUGCCGAAUAUUUCGCGUGGAUCAACUGCAUGCUGA